UUGGCGGAAAAAAUGGAUGCAUUAUUGAAGGCGAUUUUGAUGAGAUUGAUGAAGAAGGGCUAUUACUAAUACUUGGUGUCCCAUGGCUUGAUAAAGCACGUGCCCUCCCUGAUAUUUCAUCCCGCAAAUGCAUAAUCCGUUAUUCAGAUAAAGAAAUCACUGUGCCAUUAUCGGUGCAUAAAAAAAAGUAG